AUGCCUCAACAUGAUGCAGAGAUUAUCCGGACUCGGGAUCCCCAGCUGCUGUCCUCAUGUGAUGUUGUGGUGGAUGUUGGGGGUGAAUAUGAUCCUCAGAAGCAUCGCUAUGAUCAUCACCAGAGGUCAUUUAAGGAGUCAAUGCACAGCCUGAAACCUGAUAAACCGUGGCAGACCAAGCUGAGCAGUGCAGGGCUGGUGUACGUCCACUUUGGCUCCCAGAUUUUAGCCAACAAGUUGGGCCUAAAAGAGGAAGAUCCUGUUGUGUGUCUGCUUUAUGACAAGUUGUAUGAGAACUUUGUAGAGGAGAUCGAUGCAAUUGACAAUGGCAUCUCCCAGUGGGAUGAGGAGCCCCGCUAUGCCAUGACCACCAAUGUGAGCUCCAGGGUGGGGUACCUGAAUCCUCGCUGGAACGACAAGGACCAAGACACCGAGGCUGGAUUCCAGAAGGCCAUGGUGCUGGUGGGCCAUGAAUUCUUAGACCGGCUUGACUACUACCACCACAGUUGGCUCCCUGCACGCAGCCUUGUGAAGGAUGCCAUUCAACAGCGCUUUGAGGUGGAUCCUAGCGGUGAAAUUCUGGUCCUGGCACAAGGAGGCUGUCCAUGGAAAGAGCAUCUUUUACAGCUGGAACAAACGAUGGAUGUGAAGAAGCCACUGAAAUUCGUCUUAUAUACAGAUCUGAGUGGCCAGUGGCGGGUACAAUGUGUUCCUGUAGGGUUGCGAACCUUUCAAAACCGAUUGUCGUUGUCAGAGGAAUGGAGGGGUUUACGUGAAGAAGAACUCUGCAAGGUUAGCGGGAUCCCAGACUGUAUCUUUGUACAUUCCAGCGGCUUCAUUGGCGGAAACAGGACUAAGGAAGGGGCACUGGAAAUGGCUCGAAAGACAUUGGCUCAACAAGUUGAAGCCAACUGAGGGAUCAGAUUGCCACCAAUAUGUAUUCCUGGGAAGUUGCUUAUUUUGUAGGGUUGCCGUAAGCUUUUGCUUUUGAAACGAAAUCAAAUCAGCCAAUCAAAACCACUCAUUUUGGGAGAUUUGAUUUAGCAGUUGUUGGAGAGAAAAUGUUGCAUUAGAGGGAAAUCUUCAAGGUGCUCCGUUGAAAUCAUCUUCAGGAGUGGUCAAGAUAAGAGUUGAUCUGCUGUCCUGGGAUUUCCUUGUAAGGGGGGGGGGGAUUUUGGAUCUGGGUGUGUGGAGGUCUUGAGUUUGAAGGGAAAAGCACCCAAAGAAAAAACUGACACAAUGGGGGGGGAGGGUGAAGAGAGGUUGGGCAUGUGGCUUAUUCAGAUUAAAUUGAAAAAGCUAUAUGAAGAAUGUGGACUAUGUGGCUUCAUGUGUAUGUUUUAUGAAUAAAAUAUGGUUCUGAAAUACAUUG